CCUCCAAGCAGACACAAUGGUAAGAAUGGUGCCUGUCCUGCUGUCUCUGCUGCACCUUCUGGGUCCUGCUGUCCCCCAGGAGACCCAAGAUCAUGAAGUCUUUUCUUUUGCAGGUCAUUACUCUCUGACCUAUCUCUACACUGGGCUGUCCAGGCCUGGCAAAGGCACCCACAGGCUGCAGGGCACUGUCUUCCUCAAUGGCCGUGCCUUCUUCCACUACAACAGUGAAGACAGGAAGGCUGAGCCCCUGGGACCAUGGAGACACGUGGAAGGAGUAGAGGACUGGGAGAAGCAGAGCCAACUUCAGAAGGCCAGGGAGGACAUCUUUAUGGAGACCCUGAAAGACAUCGUGGAGUAUUACAACGACAGUAACGGUCAGUGAACAACAGACCGCGGGGGUGGAAGGUCUAACCCAAGAGGCAGCCCCCCAGGUGUGAGUGGCAAGGGAUCAGCAGGAUGGAAAUAGUCCCAAUCCCAGGGGAGGAACAGGAGACACAGCAGAAACACAGACAUGUCCGCAUCCCACCCACCCCACAGCACAGUGCUCCCCACUUCCCCAUCGAUUGCCCCAUCCUCAUCCCAGGCCUCAGCUCACACAGGAAGUGAUGGCAGAGUCACUUCCUAUCCAGGCACCUCUGACCUAUCACCUCCACACCCCACCCGUCGGAGGCUGAUCUCCCCAUGAGAAGGCAUCAGACU